CUCCUUCCUCAUCAUCACUCUUCCCUCUAAACGCACUGGGGAAGUCUCUCGGUGUCCCAGUCAGUGCGUGUCCUCCGCCGGCUGCCUCUGCCUCUGCCGCUGCUGUUGCUGCCGCUGCUGAGCGUCGCUGUGCCCGCACAUGCACGGAGUGAGGGUGCAGGUCCGACCGUGGGAUUUAUUAUUGAACACCUGGAUUACAAAGCACCAUUUCUAUUUUUCUCUUUGUUGUUGUUGUGUUUUUUUUCUCUGACUUCUGGGCUUGAGGAAAAAAAAAACCUGACACCAUGUCUCGGGCUCCAGAGGAUGUGAGCAAGCUUACUGAAAGUACAUACAAGAAUGUGAUGGAGCAGUUCAACCCAGGCCUGAGGAAUCUGGUCAACCUCGGGAAGAGCUAUGAGAAAUCAGUCACAGCGAUGACUCUUGCUGGGAAGGUCUAUUUUGAUGCAGUCUCAAAGAUCGGAGAGAAUGCUAUCGUGUCUCCAGUCUCCAGAGAGCUUGGUGUGGUUCUAAUGGAGAUUGCGGAAGCCCACAGGAAGGUCUAUAUUGAACUUGAAGAGAACUUCAAGAGGUUUCACAGAGAGAUCAUCACCGAGCUGGAGAAGAAGACAGAGAUGGAUGUGAAGUACAUGAAUGCCACCUUCAAGCGCUAUCAGUCAGAGCACAAGCUGAAGCAGGACUCCCUGGAGCGCUCGCAGACAGACCUGAAGAAGCUGAGAAGGAAAAGCCAGGGAAAGCACUCAUCCAAGUAUGAGAUAAAAGAGAACGAGUAUUUGGAGACUGUCUCAUCACGCCAGAUGGACAUGCAGAAGUUCAUCGCUGACGGCUGCAAGGAGGCCUUGCUGGAAGAAAAGAGACGGUUCUGUUUCCUGGCCGACAAACACUGCAUGUUCUCCUAUCAAAUUAGCAACUUCCAUGAGAAAGCCAAAGAGAUGCUGGCCAUGAAGCUCCCCACCUGGCAGGAAAAGUGCAGCGACAUCACCAAGGUGCCGGACACGGUGGCGACCAUGAUAGAGGAGCUGUCCGUUACUCCAGAGCAAUCACCACUGGUUGAACGCUGCAACAGGAACAACGUGGAGUCAAUGGUUCCACCUCCGGCACCACCGCUAAAGGCUCAAAUAAGUCCGCUGGCCAAUAUGUUCAACCCAGAGCCCAGAUCUCCGCUCACCUCCUCUUCAGACCACAACUCAGACCAGGGCAGUCUUGGAGAGGUCAGUCUGUCCCGGUCGACGUCCCAGUCGUCUGGUCUCAAUGUGGGCAGGAGACCCCGCGUCAGGACCAUCUUUCCCCACACGUCGGGCAACAACGACACACUCCUCAGCUUCGACGAUGGGGACAUCAUCACCCUGCUCAUCCAGGAGGAGAAGGACGGCUGGCUGUACGGAGAGCUGGAGAAGACAAGCAAGCGGGGCUGGUUUCCCUCAUCUUACUGCAGACCUUAUACUGAGCCAGUGAAAGCAAACAGCAGCAAUCAGAGCACGCCAGUGCGCAGCCUGAGUGUGGCCAGUCUGCCAGAGCAGGAGGAGGAGGAGCCGGUGUUGAUUCCCCCGCCAGACUACAGCGAUGACCCCCCCUCUAGCCCAGUGGUCCCCUCAAUGCCCUCACCACAGAACACAGUGUCUUUAGUCAAUGGGACUGCAAAGGCUCCUUUUCUAGGAGGAGGGAAUCCGUUUGCCACAGUCAAGCUGAGGCCAACUGUCACAAAUGACAGAUCAGCACCGCACAUCUAACAUGGAGGAGGAGAAUUUUCACCGCUGUCAUGCCUUCAAGGGAAUCAUGCAACAUGGGACCCCUGCGACACAAUGAAUAUCACCCCAACCUGACAUCUCACCAGCCUGCAUGCUAGUCUCUCUCAGUACCAGUCUGCUAUAUUAAAGGGAUCCAUUGUCUCUUGGCAUAAGUGUGUAUUACUGUGCCAGUGUGUGUUUUACAUUAGCCACAACAGUGAAAUACUGCAUAAUCAACACAUGGAGAAACAGGAUAUUCUGAAAAACUUUGUAGUGAAAAGAAAAUGUUUCAAGAUGUUAUGCAUUCAGUCUGUGGUUGUGUCAAAGUAAUACUGUAAUUCAACCCAAAAUGAAAAUUUAGGCUUUGUUCAAUCACCGCCAUGUCACAUAAAGUUGUAAUCGAUCAACAAUUACUUGCAUUUCCUGUGGCUGCUUCACAAUAAAAGCCACCCUGCGUAUUACCAGUUGAAUAUCUUUAAUGUGAAGCAGCAGCAGUAGGAAACGUUCAGUUUGCAUUAACUUAAAAAAGCUCUAAGACAGUGAAUAGUCAGCAUUUACAAGCAGUUUCCAACAAGAUAAAAUUGCACUGGACUACAUGCAUGCAUAGUUUUCUGAGAAUCCCUUGUCCAUAAGUAGUCAGUCAGAACUGGGUGUGGAUUUUUAGUGGCGGAGUCGGGCCAUUAACUUUAAACUUUGAUGAAAAAUCUAAAACCAGAAAACACUUUGUCUCAGCUCUGUAACAAUUGCAAAGGGUGAAAAAAAAAUAUUAAGGUGGUUUCUGGAGAAACUUUAGAAGUCAACAGUGUAAUAUGAGGCUGAGACAAAGUUACUGGAGGUUUUGGGGAGUCUAGUGGUCCCAUAAAUAUCUAAGGACUUUUUACUUACAUUUGAAAAUGGAGAUAAAACCUGCAUCUUCAUUUUGGGGUGAACUCUCCCUUUAAGAUUGUCUCUUUGAGGAGAAGUUCUCAGACAGUGUCUUGAGGUCUUUUCAGGCUUGUUUUGUGCUGCAGUCAGUGCAGUGUUUUAACACAGAAUGAGGAGAACCAGAUGUAAAUGAUAGUGACCUGAUGCUGAUGAAACAGACCAGCACCUUGGCCGUCUUCCUGACUUGCCAAAAAAAUAUAUACAUUGUUAUUUCUAUUUUUAUUAUGAUUAUUUUUGUCUUUCUUUUUUUAAAAAGAGGCAUUGUGUAUACGGAGGUUGUGAGAAUGAAGGGAGAGUGACGUGUUGGUAAAAGGGUUUGUCAUUUGAGCAAAGGCAAAACAGUAUGUCACAGUUUAAAAUGAGAAGGCUAUUUAUAUUCAAUAAGUUUGUAUGAGAUAUUUAAGUAAAGUAUGUAUACAAAAGUCCAUUCUGUUAAGGUGCCCCCUUUAAACACUGUGCUCAAUAAGAGCCAUGGAUCCCAGGCUGAUUUUGAUUUGACUGCUGGUAUGUAUUUUAUAUGGGUAAAAUGACCUUUUGAUGAACGGAAUAUUUUUCACUACUCAUGGUUCCACUGUUGUUUAAUGUAGUUUAUGUGAGCACAGUUUAUGCAAAAUUACAGAUGUACCUUACUGGUAGACAUUUGAAUUGUAUGUGAAUAUGGUGGGUCAUUGUUUGAACUCAACAAGGUAUUAAAAAGGACUUUUUUUGCCAUGUAUUUGCUUUACAGGAUGUAAAUGUAUGAUGAGGAACUGAUUGAUGAAUCUGUUUAUUGAUCCUCAUAGAUCCACUAAUGAUGUGUAUAAGUGAACCCAUCAUACUGACAUAGUUAAUGCCACACGCUUUCUUCAGAGUACCUUGCCACUGUGUUGACUAAUGUAGUCUUUUUUUUCUCAAUAAAACACCAUAAAGUAAAAGUC